AUGUCCGAGCUGUGCUACAUUCUGGAUGCCUCGUCGCUCGAAAAAGGCAUCGGCAACGUCAAGCGAUGGUGCGACUCGCAGCGGGCGCACAAGUUCUCGCGCCUCAGCUUGUACAUCCCGACCUUCACGCUGCAGGAGCUCGACUUCCUGCGGUAUCGCAGAAACAGCCACACGGCCAAGGAGUCACUACACUUCAUUGACCAGACCGAGUUCCCGCCCACCGUGGACAUGAUCAUCGAGUUUCCCGAGCUGCUGGACACGAUCCUGUGGUCCGACGUGCUGGACCAUCAGGGCGCGGACGCGGCGCCCGAGUUCGACCUCCGCGCAGGCGCGCCCACCGCGCGCGCACUGCCACGCCGGCUCCGCAACUUACUCAAGAGCUGCGUGUACAAGUGCCAUCUCGAGGGCGCCAACAACCAGACCUGGACGCUUAUCACCGAGGAUCCCGCGAUCCGUGGCCUCGCGCAGGCCUUCCAGAUCCCCUGCUGCUCCCUGGUCACCGCGGACCAGGAAAUCUGCAAGAAGCUUGACAAACGCGCCGCGCAGCAGAACGCCAAGUUCAGCAGCUAUCUCAAGAAGAAGAGCACCCGCGAGGUGAGCAAUGGCAAGGAAGUUUACCGCGCCAAGUUCGACCAGGCCAUCUACGCUCCACGCGGGGCCGGGGAGCUCUGGAGCCCAUAG